AUGGCCAAGACUUUCACAAAAGGCGACGUAGCGUCGCACAAUAAGGCCGAUAACCUCUGGGUGGUUAUCGAUGAGGAUGUUUACGACUUGACCAAGUUUCAAGAUGAACAUCCAGGCGGAAAGAAGAUCCUUCAGCGUGUUGCCGGAAAAGACGCCUCGAAGCAGUUUUGGAAAUACCACAACGAGGGGAUCCUAAAGAAGUACAAGGGAAACUUGCAGAUUGGUUCCCUGGAUUCCAAGAAAGCCGCAGCUCCCGAACCACCUGCUUCUUCUACUCCUGCAUCACAGCCUUCUAAGCCUUUGGCGGCACCAGUUGACGUUGCUUCGGCGAAGUCGUCCGAGACUCAGGAUCCUUUUGGAGAAUUGAUUCCUUUUGCGGACCCGGCGUGGUACCAAGGUUACCACUCGCCCUACUUCAACCAGACUCACUCGGCGCUCCGCGAGGAGAUCCGCCAGUGGGUUGACUCUGAGAUCGAGCCGUAUGUGACCGAAUGGGACGAGGCAAAGAAGGUCCCCGACCAUAUCUAUAAGCAGAUGGGCGAAAGGGGAUACCUGGCUGGUCUUCUGGGUAUGAAGAAGUACCCUGUCGACUAUACUCCGCACCGAGUUCAGUCCGUCGCGCCAGAGAACUGGGACCUGUUCCAUGAGAUGCUCCUCACUGAUGAGCUGUCGCGGGUCGGCAGCGGUGGCCUGGUAUGGAACCUCAUCGGCGGAUUUGGCAUUGGUUGUCCGCCGCUGGUUAAGUUUGGAAAGAAGCCCCUUGUGGACAGGAUUCUGCCCGGUAUCCUGGCUGGCGACAAGCGCAUUUGUCUGGCCAUCACCGAGCCGGAUGCGGGUAGUGAUGUUGCUAACCUAACCUGCGAGGCUAAACUAUCGCCCGACGGCAAGCAUUACAUCGUUAACGGUGAGAAGAAGUGGAUCACCAACGGUGUCUGGUCGGAUUACUUCACCACUGCGGUGCGCACUGGUGACGCCGGUAUGAACGGUGUCAGUGUACUCCUCAUUGAGAGGGAUAUGGGCGGUGUCAGCACCCGACGCAUGGACUGCCAGGGUGUCUGGAGCAGUGGUACCACCUAUAUCACCUUUGAGGAUGUCAAGGUUCCAGUUGAGAACCUCAUCGGCAAGGAGAACCAAGGAUUCAAGGUCAUCAUGACCAACUUCAAUCACGAGCGUAUUGGCAUUGUGAUCCAGUGUGUCCGGUUCGCCCGGGUGUGUUAUGAAGAGUCGAUGAAGUAUGCCCACAAGCGCCGCACCUUCGGCAAGAGGCUCAUCGACCAUCCGGUGAUUCGGAUGAAGCUGGCGCACAUGGCCCGUCAGAUCGAGGCAACAUACAACUGGCUGGAGAACAUCAUCUACCAGUGCCAGUCGAUGGACGAGACUGAAGCCAUGCUCAAGUUGGGUGGCGCCAUUGCCGGUCUGAAGGCGCAAUCCACCACCACUUUCGAGUUCUGUGCCCGUGAGGCCAGUCAGAUCUUUGGUGGUCUCAGUUAUAGCCGUGGUGGUCAAGGUGGUAAGAUUGAGAGGUUGUACCGUGAUGUUCGGGCCUACGCGAUCCCUGGUGGAAGCGAGGAAAUCAUGUUGGAUCUCAGCAUGCGUCAGAGCUUGCGCGUGCAUCAAAUGUUUGGACUGAAGCUCUGA